AGGUUUUCGAUGGAUAAGUUGACCUCCUCCUGAAAGCCGCCAUUGAUUAAUCUCAACCGAUUCACGACACAGUUAGAAUCUUUCGACCUCAUUGCGAAAGCUACAAAACCAAGGGGAAUUAUCCAUACUUCUAACCUGUUCGGAAUAAUGGUGUCAAUCCCCAAAGGAAAACAGAAAUCCUGCCUCGAAGAUUUCACCUUCUAAAAAAGUCGCUUUCGAUAUCAAGGGCACCCGCUUUUCAAAACAAGACCUAAUAUAACAUGUCAAAUUGUUUUACCCGUAGAUAACGGGGAAAAGGAAAUUCCAAACCAUAAGUUUGUUUUGAAAAGACAUCUGAUUGCAGCAAUAUUCAGCGAUUCAUUCUGAGUCCCUAAAAACUUUUUCUAACGACUAUGGAAUUAUCUUCCUCAUUUUUGCCAAAAUGGUUUUUCAGUCCUCCCUCUAAGUUAAAGCAAUCAGCAAAGAGGUCUGUACAUUUGACAUUGGCCUCCACCAGAAUCGAACACGGGACCUCUACUUCCAAAAUAUCUGCGCAGAACACAAAAAACCACCUUGUUCUCCUGCGCCACGGGGAGAGUAUGUGGAAUCACUUGAAUCUUUUCACAGGAGAUGUGGAUAUACCCCUUACAGAAAAGGGAGUCAUGGAUGCUCUAGCCUGUGGUCGUGCUGUCAGUGAAAUUGAUUUUGACAUUAUCUUCACCAGCAGAUUGGUCCGAGCCAAACAAACAGCUCUCAUUGCAAUGACACAGAAUAUAUUCAAGCGUGUACCAGUUAUAGUAAGAGGUGGUUUUCAUGGCAGAGGGAAGACUGGUGAUGCCAACAGGCUGAGGCUCCGGGAUGCAGCUGCUAAGGCCUUAAAGCAUGCUUCCUGUCAUAUGGUUCCAGUUUACGCAGAUCCCGCUCUUAAUGAACGUAGCUAUGGUGAUCUCCAGGGUUUGAGCAAGGAGGCUGCAAGCAAAGAGUUUGGGGAAGAGACUGUGAAGAUGUGGAGGAGGAGCUAUGACACAAGGCCUCCCCAUGGAGAAAGUCUGAAGGAUACUGCAUCAAGAACUGUUAGAUUUUUCAAGUCAACGGUGAUCCCAAGGCUGGAGGAGCAUCGGAAUGUGCUUGUUGUGGCACAUGGAAAUGUUUUACGCUGUAUCAUUGCUCAUCUAGCUGGGCUUACAGAAAUGGAGAUGUUGCAACUUCAGGUCUUCACUGCCUUGCCUUACGCAUAUACCUUUGAUGGUGGGACAUUUUCUGAGGUUUGUGCACUGCCUCCUGUGGACCCCAAUACAAAUAGUCCUCAAGAAGGAAUUCCAUUGGGCAUCUCAUCUGUGUUCAAGACUGGUGAUAUCAAUUCCCUUAUUUGAGAGUUGACAAUAUGAGAAGCUUAACCCAGCAAUUCAAGUUUUGCUGAUCUAUAAAAACCUGCAAGUUUCUGAAUUGUAAUUUAGGUCCAUCUUUUAUUUUCUGUUUUCCAGCUUUUGCCUGCUGUGAAAAAAAUGUUUAUAGAUUAUCAUCUUCUGCAAUUGAAUAACUCAGAAAUUUUUACACUUCCCACAGUUUGUAAUCCCCUUGUCAAGCAUAAUUCCAAGAACAUGAAGAAUUCAUGUUUGAAUAGAAUGCGGGGGCCUUGAGGGAAUUAAUUCUGUUAUAAAAAUUGAAAUUGUUUGAGGCUCA